AGGAAGAGGAGAAAGAGAGGAAGCUGCGAUAAACAUAGUCACAGAGUGAGUCUAAACUAGGACGAUAAAGUGAUCACGGUAUCAAUGCUCGAACAAUGGAUUUAGCAGAUAUGAUUCUCGUCAAAUUCCUCUGUUUCAUCUAUUUAAUAAAUUACACCCAAGGUUACCAUUAUGGGAACCCCCUGAGCAAGUAUGUGCGUCACUAUGAAGGUCUGUCCUAUGACUCCUACCAGAUACACGACAAGCACCUGAGAGCCAAGAGGGGCCUCAACCACCAAGACAGGUUUCUCCAUCUAGACUUCCAUGCGCAUGGAAGACACUUUAACCUGAGGAUGAAGAGAGACACCCGUCUGUUUGCUGAGGACCUGAAGGUGGACGUGGGAGGGCAGGAGGUGAACUAUGACACCUCCCACAUCUACACCGGAGAAAUAUAUGGUGAGAAGGGCACCCUGAGCCAUGGUUCGGUGGUGGAUGGGAUGUUUGAGGGCUUCAUCCAGACGUACCAGGGGACGUUCUACGUAGAGCCAGCUGAGAGAUACCUGAAGGACAGGGACCUUCCCUUCCACUCGGUUAUCUACCACGAGGACGACAUCGACUACCCCCACAAGUAUGGUCCGGAGGGGGGCUGUGCCGACCACUCGGUGUUUGAGAGGAUGAGGAAGUACCAAGCCACCGGCAUGGAGAAGCCAGCCAAGGAGCUCCAUUCUGAGGAGGCAUCCAGUGACCCAGUGUUGCUGAGGAAGAGGAGGAUGACUCAGAUAGAGAAGAACACCUGUCAGCUCUUCAUCCAGACGGACCACCUCUUCUUCAAGUACUACAAGACCAGGGAAGCUGUUAUUGCACAGAUCUCUAGUCACGUCAAGGCCAUAGAUGCCAUCUACCAGGGAACAGACUUCAUGGGCAUCCGCAACAUCAGCUUUAUGGUCAAGAGGAUACGGAUCAACACCACUACAGAUGAGCGGGACCGGUCCAACCCUUUCCGCUUCGCUAACAUCGGCGUGGAGAAGUUCCUUGAGCUGAACUCUGAGCAGAACCAUGACGACUACUGUCUGGCCUACGUCUUCACUGACAGGGACUUUGAUGAUGGUGUCCUGGGCCUGGCCUGGGUCGGCGCUCCUGCAGGGAGUUCUGGAGGGAUCUGUGAGAAGAGUAAGCUGUACUCUGACGGGAAGAAGAAGUCCCUGAAUACCGGCAUCAUCACAGUGCAGAACUACGCCUCCCACGUCCCUCCUAAAGUCUCCCACAUCACCUUCGCCCACGAGGUCGGACACAACUUCGGCUCGCCGCAUGACUCGGGGUCAGAGUGCACCCCAGGGGAGUCUAAGGCCCAGGACAAGAAGGAGAAGGGGAACUACAUCAUGUACGCCCGGGCCACGUCAGGAGACAAGCUCAACAACAACAAGUUCUCCAUCUGCAGCGUCAGGAACAUCAGCCAGGUCCUGGAGAAGAAGAGGGGAAGCUGUUUUGUCGAGUCUGGCCAGCCCAUCUGUGGUAAUGGGUUAGUGGAGCCAGGGGAGGAGUGUGACUGUGGAUACAGCGAUCAGUGCAGAGACCAGUGUUGCUAUGACGCCGGCCAGCCUGACAACAGGAAGUGUAAGCUAAAACCCAACAAAGUCUGCAGUCCUAGCCAGGGCCCGUGCUGUACUCCUGAGUGCGUCUAUAAGGGCCGAAAUGAGAAGUGUCGUGAGGAGUCUGAAUGUGCCCACCAGGGCAUGUGUAACGGGGGUACGGCCCAGUGCCCCACCUCUGAACCCAAGGCCAACUUCACCGCCUGUCACGGAGAGACUCAAGUCUGCCUCAAUGGGGGCUGCUCCGGCUCCAUCUGUGAGAAGUAUGGUCUGGAGGUCUGUACCUGUGCCAGCGUGGAGGGAAAGGACGAGACUGGCGAGCUGUGCCACGUCUGCUGUAGUGAAAAGAUGAACCCCAACACCUGCAGCAGUACUGGCUCAGAGAAGCUGGCCCGGUUCUUCAAUAAGAAGGUCACCACGCUGCCCGCGGGGUCUCCCUGCAACGACUUCAAGGGCUACUGUGACGUGUUCAUGAAGUGUCGCCUGGUGGACGCUGACGGCCCCCUGGCCAGGCUGAAGAAGGCCAUCUUCAACCCUGAGCUCUAUGAGAACAUUGCAGAGUGGAUAGUGGCUCACUGGUGGGCGGUGCUGUUGAUGGGCAUCGCUCUGAUCAUGCUGAUGGCUGGCUUCAUUAAGAUCUGCAGUGUCCACACCCCCUCCAGCAACCCCAAACUGCCCCCACCCAAACCACUACCAGGCACCUUGAAGAGGAGGCGAGCCCAGCAGCACGCCAGGGAGGCCAGGGACGCCCAGGUGCACCAGCCCCAGCCCCACCACGGAGGUGUUGGUCACGGCCAGCACCACCCAGUCUCUGGAGGCCAGCGGCAGCAGCCCUCACGCCAGCCCCAGCCCCAGCCCCAGAGACAUCACCGCAGCCAGGGCCAGCCCAGGGAAAACUACCAGAUGGGCCAGAUGAGACGCUGAGCUGCUGAGACACUGGGGCUCGGGAUGGGACCGCUCGGGUUGGACCGCUAGGACCGCUGCUCCCUCCACCGACUGCCCCAUGCCUUGCCUUGGCUCCUCCUUGUGCCUAUCUAUGUAACUGGUGGGAUUUGGGAUUUGUACCCGUCUCCCCAGGGUGGGAAUCCGACAUCUUAACCAUUAGACCAAGAGGAUUUUCUUAGGUUUUUCAUGAUUAGGACUGAGGGUAAGGAAAGGGAACCACUCUUUUAGUUUUUACACACUUUUUAAGAUUUCCUCUUGGUCUAAUGGUGAAGGCGUUAGGAUGCCACAUGGGAGAAACGGAUUCAAAUCCCACCGGUUUACGCCGAACAAAAACCACUUGUUUCACUCCACCCAAAGAACAGCUUAAACUGGUUGUUUUACCAUCCCCAUACGUCAGACCCUCCAUCUACAAACAGACAGACAGGACAGAGUUGAGAGCUCAAAUGAACAGACCCCCCCCAACCAGCGACCACCACUGGAGCUGCAGCACCGCUGACCUCUUCGGUCUUCAUCCAGCUAUUUUCUGGUGGCUCUCUGUGGGAGUGAAAUCCGCCAUUUUAGUUGACCAAUCCGCUAUUUCGUCGUUCUAUGGUGGAAGUGACCAUCAGCCAUUGUCUUUGUGUGGAGUGGAAGUGACCAUCAGCCAUUUUCAAUGCGGUGUGGAGUGGAAGUGGAAGUGGCCAUCAGCCCAUACCGUGUGGUCUGUGGUCUGCAUAUUUGUCUUGAUCUCUUUUAGUGGAGUUCCAAGGAGAGGAAAGGAAGUGUUUUUUAUUUGCCAAGUCCCUCCUCCUGAGUGAGAACACACGUAUGUUCCGUGGCACCUGGUUGGUUGAAAUGUUUUGUCAGCCAUCUUAGCCAGGAAGUGAAGAGAUUUUCUGCACUUGUGAUUACGACACAACGUCUCAAACCAAACAGCAAAAAGACGGUAAAGGCUCUUCACUUUGGCUGGCUGGCUGGCUGGCUGGCUGGCUGGCUGGCUGGCUGGCUGGCUGGCUGGCUGGCUGGCUGGCUGGCUGGCUGUCUUCUGCAUGUGACUGUACAGAUUUCAGUGUAACAUAACAUGAGUGAAAAAAACACAACUAUUUCUUCUACUGUAAAUGUACAACUGUUUUUGGUUAGUACUGUACUCUCAGGACAGUAACAUAAAUGAAGGUAUCUGGAAGAGUAUAUUGGUGAGUUCUGUGGACUGGACGCUGAAGAUGGGAAUUUUGACAGCAUUUCAGCAAUCAAGUUCUCCUUUUGCUGCAAUCAUGGAAUCCUAUGGAUGUUUAAGGUCACCACCAUAUCCCACUACUUCUCACCUUUUGACCUUUUGUGACCUUCACAAGCUUCCUCAUCUCUUCAUCUGGUAUUUUUGCUAACAACUUGUUCUGAUCGCAUCACGAUGUAACAACUUGUUCUGAUCGCAUCACGAUGUAACAACUUGUUCUGAUCGCAUCACGAUGUAACAACUUGUUCUGAUCGCAUCACGAUGUAACAACUUGUUCUGAUCGCAUCACGAUGGAAAAGGGAACUUCACUUUUUUAGUUUUUACACACUACUUUUUAUUGUCCCAGUUUUAGUUUUUUUUAAUACGUUUUGAUGCAGAAGAAUGAAUAGAACAGAUAAGCACUAAUUAAAAGCUGGGUUCUGCCUGUCAGGUCGGUGAAGGUAAAGAAGUGUUUUAAGGGACAUUUGAAGGCAGGCUAGGCUAGGCUAGGCUAAGCUAGGCUAAGCUAGGCUAGGCUAGGCUAAGCUAAGCUAGGCUAGGCAUGGGCAGCAUCCAAAAUGGCACCCUAUUCUCUAUGUGAAAAGUAGUGCACUAUAUAAGGAUUGUGGUGCCAUUUCGAACGUAAACUUUAGUACAGAGAGGUUAUUAAUGAUGUUACAUUUCUAGGUUUACGUGAGUGUGAAAAUAAAUCGAAGAUCCAUUCCGAUAUGGAUAAAAAAAAGAAAAAAGAAAAAAAAAGACUAUUUUCAGAUCAUAAGUCUGACAAUUUACGAUGUUGGCAUGCAGUCAUGUUUUUGAUUUUAAUGUGACCAUGGUUGAUUGACUGUACUAGGCCUGUAAGGUCUGUCAUAUUUUUCUGUUACACAAUUGAUCAUAACUGAUCACGUUCCUGUGAUAACUGGGGUUGAUUAGCUAGGUCCUUUAACCACUAGAACAAACAGGGUGAGGAGUUAUUCCAAGACGAUCGCACAUUCAAAUUCUCCACUAGGACUAGCACUUUGUUUAGAGCUAGAUUCUGGAUUGAAUGGUAAUUUUCCCCAUGCAUUGAUCACUUGCCCUGUAAAAAUGUGUGUGUGGAAGCUUGGGUUGUGUUCAUUUAGGCACCAAACGGAAGAAAACAGAAUGCAACGGGGGCGGGACUACGAGGACUUGUCCAAUAAGAAACGUGUAUUUUUCAUUUGCCGUUGCAAAAUGUUUUUAAAAACGUUUUUCUUCUGCUGUGUGCCCUAAUGAACAUGACCCUGUUCUGUUGCAAGAAUGUGUCCCCUACAGAGAUGAGUGUUUCUGUAACCCUUUAGUUAACAUGAGUGUUGUUGUGCCAUAAAUGUAAAUCUGA